AUGAGCAGCAUGAAAAGAGGUAAUAGGACCACUGUGUCUGAAUUUCUGCUUCUGGGACUCCCUAUACCUCCAGAACAUCAGGGUUUGUUCUUCACCUUAUUCCUGGUUAUGUACCUGGCCACGGUGCUGGGGAACCUGCUCAUCAUCCUGCUCAUCCGGAUGGACUCUCGUCUCCACACCCCCAUGUACUUCUUCCUCAGCAACUUGGCUCUCACUGACAUAUGCUUCUCAUCUGUUACUGUGCCCAAAAUGUUGAUGGACAUGCAGAGCAUUCAUAAGUCCAUCCCCUAUGCAGGGUGCGUGUCACAGAUGUAUUUUUACAUAUGGUUUGCUUGUGUUGACAUCUUUCUUCUUACAUUGAUGGCCUAUGACAGGUAUGUGGCCAUUUGUCACCCACUUCACUAUGCCACUAUCAUGAGGCAAGAGAAAUGUGUCUCAUUAGUUUCUGCAUCCUGGAUCUACUGUUCUCUCCACUCUCUGUUGCACACCCUCCUCUUCCUUCGAGUGUCCUUUUGUGAUGACAUUACCAUCCCCCACUUCUUCUGUGAACUCCCGGUUCUCUUGAAGAUGAGCUGUUCAGAUGUCUCAGUUAAUGAAUGGCUUAUCUUCAUUGAGACUGGAGUAAUUGUUUUCCUGCCUUUUGCCUCUAUUGUGGGCUCUUAUAUUUGGAUAUGGGCCUCUGUGCUGAAGGAUCCUUCUGUUAAAAGAUUCUUCAAAGUCCUUUCUACCUGUGGUUCCCAUCUCCUUGUUGUGUCUUUAUUCUAUGGUACAAUUUUAGAAGUAUACUUUUUCUCCUCAUCAUCCAUCUCCAGUAAUAAAGACAUAGCUGCUUCUGUGAUGUAUAUGAUAGUCACCCCCAUGCUGAACCCUUUCAUCUAUAGCCUGAGAAACAGAGAUAUAAAACAGGCCCUAAAAUUAUUUGUUAACAGAAUGAAGUUUUAUGUCUCUAAGAAUUCAUGUCUUCUAGGAUCUGCAAAUUUCUGA